AUGUCUGGAGGCAAAAGUCCUCCGCUUACAGUCAUCACGAAGCCUCUUUCGAGAGUUACUCGUGAUCUCAACACCGUGGAGCCGAUUAGCUACAGCGACACAUUCACAAUAACCGGCCUACAGGGGGAACCUGAACAAGCGCCCGCCGAAGAGUGGGCUCGCGCAGUCCUAGGCAAUGUGCCAAACUUGGCAGAGAACGUCAUUUGGUCUGGUCUGCUCCGGUUCAAGCUGCAUCGUCAAGUGUCCCAAAACACAGUCGCUGGCUGGCAGAUUGGCGGUCGCGGCGGCGAUAAAUGGGUCCGUCUCGAAAAUAGCUCGUGGUUAAUGGAUGCGAACAUUUUGGUGUCCAAGGAUCAAGGACAAGAGGUUUCAUUCUCGACAUUAUUACGGUACAAGUCUCUUGCCGGUCGACUCGUAUGGUCUGUUUUAGGGGUUGUGCAUCGAUGGGUUUUGCCAAGAUUACUACGCGCUGGCGCUCGAAAACUUCAAAAGGAUGAAUAA